AUGUCCCCGAUAUCCUAUACUCCGGUGGAAGAAUUAAAACCGGAUCAACAUCAAGUUAAUUUAAAAGUAAAAGUGAUUGCACAAAUCAUAUUAGGAGAAGUUGAUGAUUAUAGUCAAAUCAAUAUAUUACAACCGAAUGCCAUGGUGCUCAUUCAUAAUGCAAGAGUGGAAAUGUAUCGUGGAUUUAUGAGAAUAGUGGCUGAUCAAAACAUCAAUGCAGAGAUUAAACCCGUCAAAGAUAACUGGAUUAUGAUAAAUGACAUUGAAGAUGAUGAUGGCUUAGACUCUGGUCAUGAAUAG